AUGGAGGGACAACAUGUACGCGCUCGUAGACGGCAUUACAACAGAGAAGCUCUACGAGCCCACUCGGCACGUGCUGUUGGCUUUGAAAACAUCAAGAAGUUGUACGACUUUGCGAUUGAAAGGAAGCUUGCAUUUCAUAUACAUAUUGAAGAACAACCGAAAGAGAUCGAAGACUGUAUGCGAUUCCUCGGCGAGAGAAAGGGUCCAUCUGACAUUCUGCUCGAUAAUCUUGAAAUCGGUGAACUUUUCUCUGCUGUACAUGCAACCUAUACACCCCCGUCAAAUAUGAAGAAGUUCACGCAACUUGGUGCGAACGUGGUCAUUUGUCCAUGUACUGAAGGGUAUUUGGGAGAUGGUAUACCACAUGUGAUGGAUAACCAGAACAUAAGCUUCGGCACCGAUUGCAACAACCGUAUCAGUUUUCUCGAGGAGAUGCGAUGGGCCUGCUAUUCUCAACAGAUGCGUUACAAUUCCCGCAGUGUUGGCGGUCUGUCAGCAUCUCGUUUGUUGCACAAUGCCACCAUGGGAGGUGCUCGAUCACUUGCUAUCGAUAGUGUUACGGGAAGUAUAGAGAUCGGCAAACAACUGGACUUUGUCUCUUUUGACCUAAACUCUCCCGUUCUCGCCGGUCUCGAUGCUGAAACGUUGGUUGAUGGAAUAGUCUUCAGUUGCGGCAAUCGAGAGAUCAAUAAAGUUGUUGUCGCCGGAAUCACUCAGUUCUCUCAUUGA